AUGACACUGUUACCAACCACUCCAAUUAAAGCAUUUAACACCACUUUACAACAAAAUAAUCAAUUAACUCCAAUAUCAUCAAGACAACCACAACAACAACAACAAAGAAGUCCCAUUUCAUUAAAUCAAGAACACAAAAGGAGGGCUAGAUCUUUAUCACCUGUAAAAAAUUCUAAAAAUAGACAUAGUAUAAAUGGUUCAAUAAAUUCUCAAGAUAAUGAUGAUAUAAGGUCAAUUUUUAAUUCCCCCAAUUUAACACCAACUCAAUUAAAGAAUAUAUAUAAAAAUCCAUUAUCUUCAAAACUACAUAUAGUUGCUCAUGGUAAUCCUAAUACAAAUAUAAAUCAAAAUAAAUAUAUAAUACCGAUUCCAUUAACUUUAAAGUUACCUCCAAAAUUGAGUUCUUUAAAUUCAAAUUCUACAGAAAGUAUGACAAAUUCAUCUGCGGCUUCAACUAUUUCAUCAAGAUCAACUUCACCAAAAAGAAGUGGGAAUUCACCAAUAAGAUCUAAGCCAAAACAAACAACUUUAAUAUAUACACCACAAGGGUAUGAAAAAGUAGAUAUAUCACUGUCAUCAGAAGAUGAUGAGAUAAGUGAAUCAAGUUUUGAUAGGUCCACAAAUUCAUUAACUGAACAAAACCUAUCAACUAAUUUAAAUCAAUUUUUAUCAACAUCAAUGAAGAUAUCACCGUCACCACCAUCAGUAACAACAAACAAUACAAAAUAUCUGAAAUUAGCAUAUCAAAACAAAGAAGCAGAUGAAUUAAGUAUGAUAGAAGAAAUGUCAAAUUUUGGUUCAAGAAGUUCAAGUAUUUUACUCAAAUCAAAAUCCAUAUCUCAAAAAGAUAUAAAUCAUAAACCAAGUAAAAAAUUACCAGCAUUACCACCAACUUUUGAAGAUUUUACCACACUUAAUAAAUCACAAGAACCAAAAUCACCUAGAAGAAAACCACCACCAUCACCAAUUGAUUCAAGAAAUGGAUCAACUGAUUCAGUAGUAAAACCAUUAAAUAUAUCACAUAAAAGAAAUCAGUCACAACCACAGCUUUCGCAACAACAGAACACAGCGAAAUCAGUAACUCAAGCUCAACUUUUAUCAAAAGACUUACCUCGAAAUAAACUGGAACUUCGACCACGUUGUUUCAGUGAUGAAUCUCAAACUACAUCAGUAAGUUCAUUUGGUUCACCAGGAGAUUUUGCAUCAUUUCAAAGAUUACAUAGAAAAACACCACCAGUUCCAAUUUACAACAAUCUCAAUAACGCCAACAAUAACAAGACUCAAAAAUCCAAUAUACCUACAACAUUAUCAACUUUACAAGAAUCACCAACAAACUCAAAAGCAUCAAGCAGAGUCCCCUCAGAUGCAAGCAAUUUCUCAGAAAAUUCAACAUCAAGUAUAAACAGUUGGAAUUCAUUACAAAAAUCGAUUGAUAUUACUUUAAGUAGAGAACCAACUCAAAGAACAAUGGAACAAAUUAAGGAAUCAUCAUCAAAAGAGUCAGAAGAACAACAAGAUGAUUGGUCAGAUACUGAUGCGAGUGAAGUUGAUGAAGAAUUUGAAAAAGAUACUACUCCUUUACAUAUUACAAAACUGAUUGAAUCUAAAACUACUCCAUCACCUACGGAAAAUAACGAAACUCCAGCCACAAGUGAAGAACAAUUAUUUGAUAAAAAUAAUGGAUUAGGAAUAGCAUUUAAUUUCCCAAAUAAUUUCCAAAAUAUAACAAAUAACAAACAACUUAAAACAAAAUUAUCAUCAGACGAUGAAACAGAUUCGAAAUCAAUAAAAUCAAGGUAUAGUUUCUAUUCACCAUCAGGACAAAUUGAAAUUCCCGACUUAUCAAAUAAAAAAAUAAUGGACCAAUUUUCAAUAAAAUCACCAUCUUCAAAAGCUCCUUCUACAUACAAUGACGCAGUAUUUUCAGAUAGAAAUACCGUUUCAUCAGUUUCUGAAUAUAGUUCAAAUAGUAGUCAUCAACAAUCUAAUAUUAGAAUACCUAGUAAAAAUGCAUUAUUUCAUUUAGAACAACAAUUAAAAUUACAUUCAAUAGAAGAUGAAGAUUCAGAAUAUGAAUUUACAACCAAUACUAAAAAUUCAUUAUAUACAACUCCACAAAUUUCAAAAACCUUACCUGAUUUACAAUGUAAUUUUGUCAAGCAUCCCACUACAGUUUCUCCACCAAGACACAAAAGAGGUAAAUCAAUGUAUAAUAUAGAUAUUCAAGAUUUCAAUUUCACUACAAAUCAAAACCCACCACAAUUACCAAAAAAUCAUAAUAGAUCAAAAUCAAUAGAUCCUUCAUUACCUUUGAAUAGACACAGAAGAGGUAAUUCAUUUGACGCUUUGAAACAAAUCCAAACCGAAAACAAUAAAAUCAUCAACCAAUCACCAAUAAAAUCCACAACUCAUAAACCUAACAAUGCAAUAGCAGAAGAAAUGAAUAUCAAAAUAGCAGAACCACCAAAACCAAUAAACUACAAAAUUGAUUUCAGAGAAAACAACAAUAACGAUACUCGAUUCGGCAAUUACAAUUCUACCCCUAAAUCCAUCAAAAAGACCAACCGAAAAACUUCAAAAAGCGACGAUAACGAAAGCAUAAUCGUAGAUCUCACAAAAGAUCAAUACGAAGUGUUUACAAUCCAACGUCAAAAUUCAACAAUCUCAUAUAAAUCUACAACUGAAGUAUUUAAGGGAAAAGAAGUGGAAGUUAUAUUGGUUGAAGAAGAAGAUGAAAAAGAUGAUGAGUUAUUAAGUAUUUAUUCAAAGUAUAGGAAUAAUACUUGGGUUUUUGGUAAUGCAAAAAGAUAG